AUGCGCAGCCUCACGGCCACCUUGCAGAGGCAGCAGGCCGAGCUCGCCGCCGCGCCGCAGUCCGCCGCUACGGCCGCAGCGGGCGUGGGGCCCCGUCUGGAGGCGCUGCGGCUGGAGGUCGAAUCUUUGCGGCAGCAGGUUAACCAAGCCAGCAGAGACUGCGCCCGCCGCUGUGCGGAAGCCGAGGCGGCCUGCGCGCAGAGGGCGGCCGGCGCGAAGGAGGCCGCGCUCGCCUCGGGGAAGGAGCUGUGGGAAGGACAGCAGGGCUUGCUGGAGGAUUGCAGAGCCUCCAUGGCGUCGCUGCGGGGGGCCAUGGAGGCGAAGGACGCCAAGCGGGACGGCCAGCUCGCGGAGCUGGCAGGCCUCGUGCGGCAGGCCGAGGCCUCCGCGCUCGAGCGCGCGGCCGCCGCCGCGCGAGGCCUCGAAGAGCUCGCCGGGCGGCUGGCCUCGUUGGAGGCCUCGGACGCUCGCGCCGGUGCCGCCCCACCACCGCAGCCCGCGGACCAGGCAGAGCGGGCCAGGGUGGCGGACCUGGCCAGGGAGCUGCAGGCGGCGCGGGAGGAGUGGCGAGGCGAGGCGAAGGGCCUCUGGGCGGAGGCCCUGGCGCUGCGCCGCGGGGCAGAGGGCCUCGCCCGCGCGGCGCUGGCCUCGGCGCCACGCGGCGCGGCCGAGGAGGAGGCGGGCAGGACACUGCUGCCGCCCUCCAGCGGCGGCGUCGACACGAAGGAGCUCCGCGAAGUGGAGUCCCGCCUUCAGCGACACAUCGGCGCUACGCAGGAGGCGCAGGAGCGCGCGCUCGCCCGCGCGGAGGCCGCCCUGCGGGCGGAGGCGCGCGCCGUGGCGGCGGAGGUCGCGGCGGGCGCCACCGCCGAGGCCGCGUCGCAGGUGGAGGACCGCGCGGCGGUGCGGUGGCAGGCCGCGCGGCAGGAGGCCGCCGAGGAGCGACGCAGGUUGAGGGACGACCUCGAGCAAAGGCUGGCCCUCUCGCAGGAGACGCAGCGCAGGAGCCUGGCGGAGGCCAGGCAGGACCUGCAGGACUUGCGCACAUCGGCGCAGGUGCAGUCGGAGCGCGCGGUGCGGGAGGCGAAG